CUACACUGGCGGGUUUUGUUGAAUUACCAACUAGUGAGCGUGUGGACUCUUGUCUAUGGAGUAGGCUAAAUCUGGAUUGUUGGUCGAGACCGAGACACUGAACCAACUGGUGUCUCAAAAACGACAAGUAAGCCGCUGCUGAAAGAGUGAUUGAGAUCAACUGUUAUAAUAGAGACAUGAACCUGCUGUCAAAAGCAGGCCAUCAGCAUGUUUGAAGCAUUUAUAUGGGACACCAAAACGGAUUUGGGGCCCCUGGCCCUUAAUUGGUUUGAGGAAUUGACUGUGAAAGCAUCAAGAAAGGAUGAAACGGAUGUGGGAGAAUCCAUGGCAACUGGACCAUCAAGCCAUGCAGACAUCGUCUUCAAGCCUUCAGGGAUUAAAGCCGAAAUAUUUUUGGCUAGUCAGACAUCUACACCCAAGCUCCUCCACAAGCCACCACAAGCUUCUCCAGAGUUCUUGACGCAAGGAACACCAGCAUCUGCACAGGUCUUGUUAUUGAAGGAGUCUAGCCUGUGCCCAUUUGCAUCAGAAAACGAGAGUGGGCCUUUCAAUCACCAAAGAGGUACAGAACUAAAAAUUGCCCAUGAACCAGGGGAAACGCCUAAAAGAUUUUCGUCUAAAGUUGCACAGCGAAUUUCGGAAAGCCUUGGUGCCCAGAUCAAUCCGGACCUGUCCUGGAGCAGUUCUUUAAACACCCCAUCAUCACUGACACCAACCCUCAUUUUAUCUAAGAGACAAGAUCCAAGCUCAGCUGUCAAGACUUCUGCAGAUAGGGUAGUUUUUGUGCGUCAGCUUUUUCCUCCAGUCUUCAAAGAUGAUAUCUUGGAAGCAUCAGAAGAAGACAGGCCAUUCAUUGAGGAGGCGAAAGGUGACAAAGAAAAGAAGAUUGACUGCUCUCCUGAGGAAGAUAAUUAUGUCAACUGUGGGUGGAAGCGGACGGUUCCUGAUGCAAUAGAGGAUGGAGAACUGCGGACAACCGUGGAAAGUGUUCUUGAUGGCACUGAGGAAGUCCUUUCCUUCCUCUUCACCAGCAGGAAUUCAUCCCUGCAAAGGGUGAGGACCAGAGAGCAGGUGAAGAGGAGGUUAACCUCUGCAUCACAAGAAGCUCCUCUGGCUCCGGACGCAACAAUGGCUCAUAGAAAUCCGGAUGGAGGUACAAAGCCAGACUUGCCUGUCAGUGAUAUCGCCAAGCCAGGAGAGAUCAGCUGUCCCCUGAAGAAGAGAGACUGUGGAAUUACACAGUGGACUCCAUUAAGCUUGUCUGAGAUUUCAGAUUCUAAUGUAGAGCAGGUUCGCUCAUGUGAUUCAUCUACUAACCAGCAUGCUCAACACCUACAGCAUAUGCAGCAUCAAAAGCAUGAUUCUGCCUCUCAGACAUCUUUAGUGCAUGCUAUAGAUGGGCAGAAGUCCCUGUCAGACAUACGAUUGAAUGCGCCUCAAGUGUUUGUUUCCACACUGGAUGCCUCAUGUGCACCAUCCUCAUGUAGGAAACCCAAGAAAUGUAUUUACUCUGCAGGAAACUCUGCAUCCUCAAGUCAAGAUGUCAGGCAGCGGUUCUACAAACCUCUUCAUCAGUAUCAAACUGUGCCAUACUCUGACAUGCUUGAAAGUCGACAAUCAGCUGAAAGAACACAACAGCAAACACCAAAUGCACACAGAAGCAGAAGCCAAGUUUGUCACUCUACAACUUCUCAAAAGGAUGUUGACAUGUCGCAGCUGUGCAAGGCAUUUGCGGAAGAUUUUAGUCAAGACAUCUGCCCAAGCACAUCAUCUGUGAAGCAUGAGGAAGUGGUGCUGGGCCAAAGCUCCCCCAGUCCUGCUCCAGCAAUGAACAUGGAUGCUGGACCUAAGCCACUAUGUGAACGCCAGACCGGCCCAUUUGAUACGCAAAGUGACUCUUCCAUCAUUGGACAGAAUGGCAUUCUGUCACAGCUUGACAUAAGUAACAAUGUUUACCAAGCAUUAGAGUGUCAAACACCCAAACACAACAACACCAUAACCUCCAGUUAUGGUCAUUCUGCUACAGGAUAUGAGGCAUCCAGGUGUUUCACAGCGUCUCAAAGCCAAGCCUUUUCUGGUUUCAAAAAGGCCAAUGGGAAGACUAUAUCUCUUCCACAGGAAGCUGUAAAUGUGGCAAAAUCAUUGCUGAGUGAAUUUGCUGAAGCUGAUCUCACAGACGUUACUGCCCUACAUAAUAGAGACCGAUCGGACAACAAUGAGGGCACUCAGGAUUGUAGAAAGAGGAGCCAUCUCAGCCAUGUGCCCCGCUCAGGGCAGAAGACCACUAGACUCCUACCUGACAGAAAUAAGAUCUGUACUCCUCAUUACCCAUUGGAUGUGUGUGGUUUCAAAACCGCCACAGAUAGAAGAAUAAAUGUCUCUUCAUUGAGUCUCUUGAAAGCCAAGAAAAUGUUCAGGGAAUUAGAAGAUGAAGCCUCAAUAGAUAACCUCAUUGGAGUCCAGUUAAAAGAGGUUAGUGGAAAACCACGGGUCCUUGAGUCAGACUUUGAUAUGAAGAGCAUAUCACCUCCGCUGGUACUUCCUCUCAGUUCAGCUGAUGCUUGCUCAGCCUUAACGGCAUCACAAAAAGCAGACGUGUCUGAGCUCUGCAGCCUGCUAGAGGAUGCAAACAGCCAGUGUGAGUUCACACAAGUCAAGACAGGGGAGAGAGAGUGGGACCCAGAUAUUCUGACAGGCAUCAACUUUGAUGAUAGUUUUAGCAAUGACAUAGAACAUCAUACGUCUAUGCAAAGAGGUGGUGUUAAAUUAAACAAUGUUUUACAUGUCAGGGUUGAAAAUAUAUCGGUAGAUGAAAUAUCACUGUCAGACUUUAAAACUGAAUUAAACACUUCAGUGGAAAAUGUAGUGAAUGUGCAGGGCAAUGAUUUUGGUAGAAGUCAGGACAGCUGUGCUGGAAUGAUCAACAAUCAUGAGUUCAUAGACACCUCUGGGAGAAAAAAUAAGUCAUUGGAGAACUGUAGUUCUGCCAGUGAUCCUUGCAUUAAAGAAGAACCCAAAGGUGGCCUCAGUAGAACUAGGCAGUCUGGGGAUGAAGGUGUUUUUGGUAAAACUAUAUUGAAGAUUAACUCCAGUGUAGCACUCAAUUCAGCUGUUUCUUGCUCAGAGGAAAACCUCUGUGGAUUCAGAACCGCGGGAGGCAGGAAGGUUCUUGUGUCUGAAACUGCACUCCUUCAGGCAAAGGCACUUUUGAGUGACUGUACUGAUUCUGACCACAACAAGCCACUCAAAGAGCUCAGUGAUAUAAAUGCCACAACACAUAAACAUGGAAAAAAUGUAAGUGGAGCUCCGACAGCACAAGAAGAAUCUACACUCAAAACUUCCAUUACAGGGAUUACACUCAAAGCUGAUAUUGGUGGACAGUCAUGUGACCUCAGCACAGAAGGCACCAAGAUGGUUUGUGCAUCUGUAGAGGCAUUACCAAAUGUCAAGAAUCAUCUGGACAAGAUACAUCGGUCAUAUGAGUGUGUAUCUAGUCAACAAAAUGCAAAUUCAGUAACUCAAGUUGUUGAUAUCAAGUCUAAGAAAGGAUACAGGACAGUAAGUCAGAAAAGUGUGUGUGUUUCUACAAAAGCCCAUCAGGAUGCAGCGACUUUAACAGACCGUGUUGGAUGUCCAGUGAAGUCAACCUACAUAGAAACGAUACAAGACGCUCCAUUGGAGUCCGGUCCAGUCAAAAAAGACUCUGGUUUCAGAACUGCGAGGGGGAAAUCUGUGCUUGUAUCUGAAAAUGCAUUGGUAAAAGCAAGGAGUAUUUUGAGUGAGACUGCAGAGAAUGGCCAUGGUGACGCUGAUAAACAUGUAAGUGAUUUUACAAACUCUUCAGGGAAAACGCUGCCGGUUACUAAAAAUCCUGAAGUCUUAUUUUCUGGAAAACCUAUUGGGGAGGGUGUAGAUUUGUUCAUUGACAGUGGAAAUUCCUCUCAUAGUGAUAUGCCAGGAAAAAGGGAACACAAAACAGACAUGGAUCACAGGGAUUCAAGAAAAAGCUUUGGAUUUAGUACAGCAGGUGGGAAACACAUAUCUGUGUCUAGUACUGCACUUCAGAAAGCACAACAGCUUUUAAAUGAAUGUAUACAGCCACAAGGCUUAGAACAUGGUAAUGGUUCUACAGUAAAACUUCCACCAGUGCAAAGAAACAGUGAGCAAGACUGUUUUGGAUUCAGCACAGCAAGUGGUAAAGGAAUAUCUGUUUCAGCUGAGUCAGUUCAAGCUGUGAAAGCACUAUUAGCCGAUUGCGAUUCAUCAUCAAACAUAAAUUGUAUCAAAAUUAAGCAUGCUCCCAAAAAUGGACAAGAUAAAGAUUAUGCUGACAGUCUCCUUGGUAGUACCUCUGAGGAUGUGAUAACUGGAUCUGCUCUAGUAACAAGUGGGGAUGUUGGUAUAAGUGAACAUUCAAUCAAUAACCCAAGAGUCACCAAUUGUGGGUUCAGCACUGCAAGUGGCAAACUUGUGUCCUUAUGCAGCAUUGCUAUUGAACGUGCCAAGCACCUGUUUGAUGAAAGCCUAAGACCAGAAGAUUCGGAGCCCUUAAUAGAUGUUUUGCAGCAUGAUGAACAAAUGGAUCUGCAGGACCGAGGCCGGCAUUUUUAUGAAACAAAUAGCAAAUCUCUGUCCAUGUCUGCCAAGUCAAUUAAAUGUGAUGUUAAAUUUGAUGAUUGCAGUCAUGUUCCAGCUAUCAGUUGUGGACAACUCACAAAGAAUUCCUGCCAUACUGACCUUAAGGCAAGCAAUAUUUUGAGUACUUGUAACAUUGCAACAGAGACCCAAAAUGAAGACUCAAAAUGUGGAGAACAUUCAAUCGUAUCUUUUGGAUUUAGCACAGCAAGUGGUAAAGAUGUUGCUGUAUCAAAGAAAGCUUUGAAGGAGGCAUAUAAGCAGUUGGAGACAUGUGGUGUUGAAACACUACCUAAAAGGAAUUUUGACAUUGCACCAGAAAAACACCCAGAACCUGCAGUACCCUCAGACUCUGAGAGAAACCAGUGCAACAUUUCCUAUUGGUCAGGACCACCUAAAAGAGACUCCUCUGGGUUGAGCAUUCAGUCUGAUGGUCUGAGUAAUUGCACCACAACCCAGCAAAGAUACUUUGAACAGGAAGCUGAUGCUUGCACUAAGGCCUUACUGGAGGAUGAAGAUCUUCAUGAUGAUACUCUCCAUGGGACAUCAGGUGCAAGUCCAGUAAAUCUACGUUUGGAAAAAAGACGGAGUGGAAAACGAGAUUGGGAAUAUGAUUAUUCUAAAGAUCAGCCUCCUCUGAAAAGAUGUCUUCUAACAGCGUUUAGCAAGUCAAAGAGAACCCUUGUGCCUUUGAAAAGCUCCCCAAAUGGGGUUUUGAAUGAUCGGACAGUGACAUGCAAUAUGUCACUAAAGCCAAAUACCACUCAACCGCAUAGGACUAUUAUGACACCAAAGAGGAUAAAUGAAGAACCAGGGUUGACUACUCCAGUGUCCUAUGCCAAACAGCAGGAAAAGUUGCCAGUGUUUGUGCCCCCUUUUAUUAAACAAACAAAUCCUGAAAAUCAGAAAGGGGAGAGAUCACUGGCCCAUAGAGCACCAAGGGUUUUUGUGCCACCAUUCAAAACAAAAGCAAAUGACUGCAAAAGUCCCUUUGACCCUGUUGCUGGAUCUGACAGCCACACAGAGAUGCAUAAAGAAUGCAAUGGUUUUGUUCCUCUGAUGAAAAAGAUUUGCACUCAUGCUGACGCUUGCAUUCAGAACUGCUCCGCCCUUUCAGACUCAAGCCACAGCAGGAUUUUUCCAUGCAAAGAUGGGGAUGAUCUCAACCACAAGGUUGAGCAUGGCCUUAAUCAUGAGCCGCUGAACACAGAUGUACACACAGAAGUUUAUAAAUCGCCUAGCCCCUCAGAAACCACUACCAGUGGGAGAGUGGCCAGACGGGAUCUGCCAGAGCAAAUCCAUGUGCCCUCAGAGGAAGCCUUGCGUUGUAUACAACUGGCUAGAGACAUGCAGGACAUGAGGAUCAGAAAGAAACGGCACACAAUCAGACCUCUUCCAGGAAGCCUCUUUCUUGCAAAGACAUCUGGUGUAGCCAGAGUCUCACUCCGAGCUGCUGUGGGAUACAAGUGUCCAAGACAGCACUCAGAGGGAAGGUUGUAUAUGUAUGGAGUGCCCUCUGAGGUGUGCCAGGUCAUUAGUGGUAGUGCCAAGUCUUUCAAGUUUCCAUGGAAGCACUUCUUCAAGUGGGAGACACUCAGUCAAGCUGGUGGAGUUCAGCUGGCUGAUGGAGGCUGGCUCAUCCCAGACCACAGGGGAAUGCUGGGAAAAGAGCAAUUUUACAGAGCACUGUGUGAUACUCCCGGUGUGGACCCGCAGCUGAUCAGUGAGGAAUGGGUGUAUAACCACUACCGCUGGAUAGUGUGGAAGAGGGCUUCCAUGGAGAGGGCCUUUCCCCAGGAGCUUGGAGGCCUUUGCCUCACCCCAGAGCAGGUGCUACUGCAGCUAAAGUACAGGUAUGAUGUGGAGGUUGACAGGAGCAUGAGAUCAGCCCUGAGGAAGAUCAUGGAGAGAGAUGACUCCCCAGCCAAGACGUUGGUCUUGUGUGUGUGUGAUGUGGAGACCUCUGGAACAACCAGCAAGACUGAAGGACCAGUAUCCACCAUCUGGCUUACUGAUGGCUGGUACAUGGUCAGGGCUGCACUAGACCCUCCCCUUACUGCCUUGCUGCAGCGAGGGCGCUUGCGUGUGGGAGACAAGCUGGUGACUCACGGAGCUGAGCUGGUGGGCUCUCAGGAUGCCUGUGCUCCUCUGGAGGCUCCUAAAUCUUUGAUGUUGAAGAUAUCAGCCAACAGCACCAGACCAGCACGGUGGGAUACCCGGCUGGGCUACCACUGUGACCCACGCCCUUUCCAGCUCCAGCUAGACACCUUGUUCAGUGAUGGAGGUGUGGUGGGCUGUGUGAAUUUACUGGUGCUCAGGAGCUACCCCAUGCAGUGGAUGGAGAAAACAGCUGGAGGGGUGUUCAUCUUCCGCAAUGAGCGUGCUGAGGAAAGGGAAGCCAGGAGUCAUGAGCAACAGAAGCAGAAGGCCAUGGAGUCACUCUUCAGCCGCAUUCAGACUCAGCUGGAGAAGGAGGAGGAACAAAGAAGGAGAAAUAGGAGUGUACAGAAACGGAUAGUUAGUCGUCGAGAGAUGGAAACUUUACAAGACGGGGAGGAACUUCAUGAGGCCAUGGAGUCUGACUCAACGUACCUACAGGCUGACCUGCGUGAGGAGCAGUUGGCCAGUCUGUGCAGCUUCAGGCGCUCAUUGGAGGAGAGGAGGCAAGUGCAGCUGCAGGACCAUUUCCGACGGGCUUUGCAGGAGGCAGAGCAGGGGAGUUCCAGUUGUGCCAGUAGGGAUGUCACCCCAGUGUGGAAACUUGCAGUCUGCGACGCCAGCAGCCAGCGGAGAAGCAGCAGUAAAGGCUCAGUUUUCCUGCUUAACAUCUGGCGCCCUUCGAUGGAGUUGCUCUCACUGUUGAAGGAGGGGGGUAGAUACAGAGCCUAUCACUUGUCCACAUCUGAGGGCAAGCGGAAAGCCACCACAGCUGCUAUCCAACUCACUGCCACCAAGAAAACACACUUUGAGCACAUGAAGGUGGUGCCAGAGCUGUUAGAAGAAUGUUUUGAGCCACGUCAGUGCCCAAGUUUCAACUCUCUUCAGAGACCUUUAUUCCACUCUCAUUGUGGAGAGGUGGAUGUCGUAGGAUAUGUCGUCUACAUCCGUGACAAAAAUGGUCCCUCUCCAGUGUUGUACCUAGUUGAUGAGAGGGUGGACUUUGUGUCUGUUCGCUGCUCCAAUACUCUGAGGCAGCUGGCUGUGGAGGAGCUUUCGAAGCCCCAGACCCUUUUAAUUGUGAGCAACGGCCUCUUGCGUCAGGCCUCAUCACCCAUUCCAGCCUUGUAUGCAGGAGACUUUACAGUGUUCAGGACAAGUUCCUCAGAGCCUCAUAUCCAGGAGCGAAUGAGACAGCUAAAAAGUCUAGUCCAGAACCUAGACCACUUUUUUAAGAGUGCAGAGGAAAAGCUGUCUACAUUGAUCCCCAUGCAAAGCUUAUUGACCCAGUCAUGUUCAAGUUUGACAUCUGAUCUAUGUCAGAAUGCAAGGAAUAAGCCACAACUGCCCAUUACCCCUGUGGGCAAAGGGACUCCUAUGGCAGCCAGGACCUCAGAGGGAAACAACCCAAAAAGCCUGAAGAGACGAAGGGGUUUUGAAUACCUAUCACGUAUCCCCUCUCCUCCUUCUCUUAGCCCCCUGGGUGCUGCAAUGUCCCCUCAUGUGAAGAAGACGUUCAAUCCUCCUCGGAGGUCUGAGAUACUCUGUACUAAGAGCAACACCUCUAUUCCAUCACCACAAGUGCCCAACUUUCCUCGAUCAGAAGACGAAUGGGUGAAGGAUGAAGAGUUAGCCUUGAUAAACACUCAGAAUUUGCUGGAUGGAUUGAUUAAAUAAACCAAACAGGAUUUCCAUUUGAAUACUUGACUUGACAGAAGGACAGUAGCAUUGAACAGCCCUAAUGUAACUUCUAUAAAUAAAC